AUGGGUUACAUUAACCGUGUCGAAGAUCUUCAGCACGAUCCAUCAGAGGGGUGCGUAGCGGAAGCACCAGCUGCACAACCUGAGGCAGAUCCAGACUUGGCACGGAAAAACAGUGUGACAAUUACACAGAUGAAUUCCACCUUAAACGGUUUUUGCAAGUUUGAUCCACUAGCUCAGGCGGGGAAGAGGACGGUUGGCGCAGGAGCUUUGGAGGAGAUGCGUCUGUCAGCACGCUUCACUGCCUUACCGAAGUGGCCAGGUGGCUCAGCUUCUGUGAUGACAUUCCCACUUCCACACGGAACGAACAAUGGGGUCGACCGGGGCGUUUACCAGAGAAGGGGCGAAGGGACCGCCUAA